AGUGCGUGGCCGCCCGGGGCCAUGGCGGCGCAUGGCGUCGUCUGCCUGCUGCUCGCAGCGGCGUGCUGGCGGCCGGCCUCGGCCUCGGGCGAGGAGUUCUGGCCCGGCCAGUCGGCGGCCGACAUCCUGUCGGGGGCGGCGUCCCGGAGACGGUACCUUUUGUACGACGUCAACCCCCCGGAGGGCUUCAACCUCCGCAGGGACGUCUACAUCCGCGUGGCCUCCCUCCUGAAGACUCUCCUGAAGACGGAGGAGUGGGUGCUGGUGCUGCCUCCGUGGGGCCGCCUCUACCACUGGCAGAGCCCCGACAUCCUCCAGGUCCGGAUUCCCUGGUCCGACUUCUUUGAUCUUCCAAGCCUCAACAGAAACAUCCCCGUCAUUGAGUACGAGCAGUUCAUUGCAGAGUCCGGUGGGCCCUUUAUUGACCAGGUGUACGUCCUGCAAGGUUAUGCAGAAGGAUGGAAAGAGGGGAGCUGGGAGGAGAAGGUGGAUGACCGGCCAUGCAUCGACCCACUGCUGUACUCACAGGACAAGCACGAGUACUACAGAGGAUGGUUUUGGGGUUAUGAAGAAACGAGGGGUUUAAACGUGUCCUGUCUGUCCGUUCAAGGAUCAGCUUCUGUCGUCGCACCUGUGCUUCUGAGAAACACGUCAGCACGGUCUGUGAUGUUAGACAGAGCCGAAAACCUGCUGCAUGACCACUACGGAGGGAAGGAGUACUGGGAUACGCGGCGGAGCAUGGUGUUCGCCAAGCACCUGCGGGCUGUGGGGGACGAGUUCCGGAGCCGGUACCUGAACUCCACGGACGCGGCAGACAGGACGCCCUUCGAGGAAGACUGGACGCGCAUGAAGGUCAAGCUAGGCUCCUCGCUCGGGGGCCCGUACCUCGGAGUUCACCUGAGAAGAAAAGACUUCAUCUGGGGCCACAGAGAGGAUGUGCCCAGUCUGGACGGCGCCGUGAAGAAGAUCCGCAGCCUCAUGAAGACCUACCAGCUGGGCAAGGUGUUCGUGGCCACAGACGCCGUCAGAGCGGAGUAUGAACAGCUGAAACAGCUGCUGCCCGAGAUGGUGAGGUUUGAGCCCACGUGGGAAGAGCUGGAGCUGUACAAGGACGGGGGCGUGGCCAUCAUCGACCAGUGGAUCUGCUCGCACGCCAGGUUUUUCAUCGGCACCUCAGUCUCGACGUUUUCUUUUCGGAUUCACGAGGAAAGAGAGAUUCUGGGGUUGGACCCCAAGACGACAUACAACCGGUUCUGUGGAGACCAGGAGGCCGCGUGCGAGCAGCCCACGCACUGGAAGAUCGCGUACUGAGCCGCCUCCUGCCGCUCCGCCCGGGCCUGUUGUGCAGGCGGCGGACUCGCAGGUGCUCUCUGACGUCAUGUGGCACCGCGGGGUCACUCCUGCCCGUGGCCGGCGGGCUGAGCGGUCAGACCGUCCCUUCUCCUUUUCUUGGGCCCAGAGUAGGUCACACACAAUGCGGGCACAGCCCAAGGCUGCGUGAGCCACGGCAGGAAGCUGCGUUGUACCCGGAGCGGCGCCGUCAUGGGUGUUUCCUCCGGCCUCACCCGCCUGUGAGAGGCGCCUCUGCUCCCCGGGGCUCUGGUGGUGUGUCCACUGGGACCUGAACUGUCUCUGCUGCCAGCCAGGCCCCGUGAUGCCAUGGAGGGCUCAGCCUGGAGGGCUUCCAGUGGCACAUCGGGGCCAGACGUGGCCUGUGGGCAGCCUCCUCACACAGGGAUGCGGGCUGGUGACCCCUUUGGACUUGGUGUAGCCUGCGUCUCCUGGUCGCUCGUCCUGACUCCUGCUGUGGCCGCCAGAGCGGAGUCCUCCUGUCUGCCCUUUCCCCCAUGGGCCCCUGUGUGAGCUGGAGGGACGGUGCACCGCUGCCUUGCAGAGCCGGGUCCCAGGCCCUGUGAAGUGGGCUCUCUCCUCCGUGGGUCAGAGUGCUGGAAAGUUCUUCAUCGGGUCUUCAGUGAUGUGUCCUUGCCACAUGCAGAGAAGCCCUCUGUGGCGGUAGGAAGUUAAUGGUCAGUCCACACACCGAGUCCAGGCUGGACACCCCCGCACCUGUGGCCGCCACGGUGGGAGGGGUGGCUGGCACCUGUCCGCGAGCCCUGUGACGCUGCGCUCCAUCAGGGUGGGGGUGGGGCUCACACGAGUGUGGGCAGAGUCGUCCCAGCCCCGGGAGACAGGCUGCGGUGCUCGGGGCUCGUGGUGCCGCCUCACAGGGUCCCUCUAGACCUUUAGCACUGCCGCCCCCAGGGGUGCCACGAGGGCUUGCGGGUCAGCCACGGAGCAGCACUGCCUCGGGGGUCCCGCCCCGUCCCUGCCGACCCAAAGCCCCAACUUCCACAAACGUCCAGGUGUCUAGCCGCCUGGUGGUCCAGGCCGCCUGGUUCUUCCCGCCUCUCCUCCCACACUGUCGAAACAGAUCCUGCGCACGUGGUAGCACGUGGUAGCCCCAUGGCGUCACUUGUGGCUGUUCGGGGUGAAAUGACAAAAUAUUUAUUCUUUUUCCAUUUGUACAUUCAAACAUUAUUAAUAAAAUAAAUUUUCUAAAAAGCUGGGA